AUUAUUUGCUCAGUUAAGAGCAAGUCAUGACUGCGUCUACCGCUUACACUGAAAGCGGAACCUUAUCACACGGAACCAUUCUCUACCGGUUUUAGACAUUCAGUGUGGAGAUAUCAGUAGCGCCCGCGUGUACAUCAUGUCUAAGCGUCUCUACAUCGGAGGACUCAGCCACACUAUCACACAGAAAGACCUGCGGGACCGUUUCGGGAAGUUCGGCUCCGUGGAGGACGUGGAACUCCGAACCAGGAACGAUGAUGAGGGAGUGCCUUACAAGACAUUUGGCUACAUCAACAUCACAAUUUCAGACGGUGAUUUCAAGAAAUGUAUGACUGUUCUGAACAAUGCUAAAUGGAAAGGAGGAACACUGCAGAUCGAGCCUGCCAAGGAGAGUCCUCUGCAGAGACUGGACCAGGAGCGUCAGGCCCGGACCCUGGCCCAGGACAGCCCCGCUAAACCCCAAAAGGACAACAAGGAGAAGGUCCUGGACUCCCUGAGGACCGCCGGAGUGGAGAACUUCCACAUGAAGGCUGCUGUACCAGGGACCGAGGUCCCUGGACACAAGGAGUGGGUGGUGAGUAAGUUCGGCCGAGUGCUCCCCGUCCUGAACCUCCGGUGCGGGAAAGGCAGUAGGAGCAGGAGCAUGAAGUACGACCCGUCCAAACACAGCCACAACAUCAAGAGGCUGGAGGCCGAGCCCGACACCACCUCCGUGGCCCAGCUCACCUGGGAGGUCCCGGGGGGGGACGAUGACAUCAGCAAGAAGAGGAGGGGCGAGUUCCCCCCGACCCAGCCGUGGAGGCCCAAGAGAACCAGGACGGAGCCGGACCCAGCCAGUGCUGAUGCUGAACAGACUAAUGGUCUGGCUGGUGGCCACACGGCUGAGGAGGAGAUCCACAGCAUCUCCCAGGGUGCACGUGGGCCCAGAGUAGAGGAGGAUAUCCUGGAAGUGGUUCGAGCGGACUUCCUGGCGCGGUCCAGAAAGUUCAAUCAAGGUGGGAAGGGAGAGGAGGAGGAGUACGACUCGGCAGACACAGACGAGCUGCUGGCCUCCAACAAGCCUCCGCCCUCCUCCCUCCAAGAGAACGCCAGGAAACGCAGCCUCCCGUUGGCCUCCGGGAGAGACCAAAAGAGGAGAUCUCUUCCUCUGUUCCAGUCGCCCUCCUCCGAUGAAGAGGAUGAAGAGGACAAGGAUAACACGGACGCCCUCAAGCCAUCAGACCCUAAAGCAGACAUGAGCCAACAAUCACAGACGACAAUCUUCCGAUUGAAACCUUCACCUGUGGAAGAUAGAAAUGGAGAUGUAGAGGCAGAGAAUGAUGAAGAGGAUGAGGUAGAGGGAGACAAUAACAAAGAGUCAGAGAAUGAUGAACAGGCUGAGGUAGAGUCAGAUCAUGAUGAUGAAGAAGAAGGUGAUGUAGAGUCAGAUCAUGAUGAAGAGGCUGAUGUAGUGGCAGAGAAUGACCAAGAGGCAGAGAAUGAUAAAGAUGGUGAUGUAGAGGCAGAGAAAGAUGAUGAAGAAGAAGGUAAUGUAGAGUCAAAUGAUGACGAGGGCAGUGAAGAAGAGUCAGAUCAUGAGGAAGAGGGAGACAUAGAGUCGGAUGGCGAUGACGAUUCGGACUACGACGCCAUAUUCUCAAACUGCACCAGACUGGAGAUCUCCCUGGCUGACCUGCAGCGCAUCGCUAAGGAGGCUGAAACUACAACUCCCAGCAUGCCCCAGCCCCCAGGAGGAGGAGGAGCAGCAGCAGCGGCAGCAGGAGGCCCGGCAGCAGGAGCGCCGUCUCCUCGUCCUAAGAAGGGAACCACUCCUGAGGAGAUCCUAGCCAGCCUCCUGGAGGAUGACAGCGGUGACGACGACAGGAACAACAAGAAGAAGAAGAAGAAGAAGAAGAGGGGCAGCAUGGCGGCCAUGCUCCCCGCCUUCCAGGGAACCAGCGGCCUGCUGGGGGAGGAGGAGGAGGAGGAGAAGAAGGAGGAGGGAGGAGGAACCAGCAGGAGGAGCCAGGAGCCAGCAGAACCCUACAGGGUCUCUCAGAGGGCCGGGACAGAACCAGAACCACAGGAGAAGGUGGUUCCUCCUCCUGCCUCCACUCAGAAGGUCCCAGGUGGUAAGGUUUCUGAGACCAAUGAGGAGGAAGACUCCUCCUCAAGUGAAGAGGAGGAGGAGGAGGUGGAGAAGGAGGCGGUUCCUCCUGCCUCCACUCAGAAGAUGAAAGGUGGUAAAGUUUCUGUGACCAAUGAGGAGGCAGACGACGACUCCUCUAGUGAGGAGGAGGAGGUGCCCCCUGCAUCAAUUCAGAAAAACAAGAGUAGUAACAUUACUUUGACCAAUGAGGAGGAGGAGGAGGAGGACGACGACUCCUCUAGUGAGGAGGAGGAGGUUCCCCCUGCAUCAAUACAGAAAAACAAGAGUAGUAACAUUUCUGUGACCAAUGAGGAGGAGGAGGAGGACGACGACUCCAGUGAGGAGGAGGAGGUUCCCCCUGCAUCAAUACAGAAAAACAAGAGUAGUUACAUUUCUGUGACCAAUGAGGAGGACGAUUGCGACUCCUCUAGUGAGGAGGAGGAGGAGGAGAUUCCUCCUCCCUCCACCCAGAAGAUCAAAGGUGGUAAUGUUUCUGUGAUGGAGGAGGACGAUGACGACUCCUCCUCUAGUGAGGAGGAGGAGGAGGUUCCCCCUGCCUCCACCCAAAAGAUCAAAGGUGGUAACGUGUCUGUGACAAAUGAGGAGGACGAUGACGACGACUCCUCUAGUGAGGAGGAAGAGGAGGUCCCUCCGGCCUCCACUCAGAAGAUCAAAGGUGGUAACGUGUCUGUGACCAAAGCCGACGAAGACGACUCUUCCUCCAGUGAGGAGAAUUCAUCCAGCAGCAGCAGCGAGGAAGAGGAGGAGGAGGAAGAUGAGGAAGGGGUGCAGCAGGUGGCAGCAGCAGGGCCAGACAGAGUCCUGGAUCCCAAGCGGCAGCUCCUGGACAACAAGAAGAGGCUGCAGGCUGUGGUCCAGAGGCACCAGGCCACCCAGAACCUGAGAAGCCUGAUCCAGGGAGCCCUAGCCAGCCUGGACAAGUCUGCUGCCGCCCCAGGCCAACACAUCGUCUUCGGCUCUGAUGAAGAGGAGGAGGAGCCUGAUGAGGCACCAGCACCAGCCAACUGCAAGGCUCCUCUGAAAGAGAAGGACCUGAAGAAGGCGUCAGGCUCCAAGCUGUUUGAGGAUGAGGAGGAUGAAGGAGAGGGGGAUGAUGACAGGUUUCUGAUCAAACCUCAGUUUGAAGGCCGAGCCGGACGCAAGCUGAUGGCGAUCCAGUCGGGGUUCGGGAUAGACGAUCGGUUCCGGAUGGAUUCUCGCUUCGCAGAGAGCGAUGAAGAGGGGGAGGAAGAGAAGGGGGAGGCCACAGGCGAGGUGGUGAAGAGUGGAGUGGAGGAAGAGGAGGAGUGUCUGGACGAGGAGAGGAAGACAAACCUGUCCAUCCUGCAGAGCGUACUGAAUGACAACCCGCAGCUCAACACAAAGCCCAAGGCCGUCGCCAAGACGCACACCUUCAGAGAUGCGCAGGCGCUGCACUACGACCCCAGCCGUCAGGAGCACGAGGUGUUUGAGGACAAGAUGGAGGACGCCGCCAAAGAGGGCAAGGCGAGCAGGAAGAAGAAGAAGCAGAAGGCGGCGGAGCUCCCGGAGGUUUCCAAGGAGAUGUACUACGACGUGAGUGCGGAGCUGAAGGGGGUGUUCGGAGGGGGGGCGCCGGGGGGCCUCGCUGCCCCGCAGGAGGCCCCCUGCUGGGACCGCCAGGAGGAGGCCCCGGAGGAGGGGGAGGAGGGGGAGACGCAGGGGGAGACGCAGGGGGAGACGAAGGAGGAGCAGUCCGUCUUCAAGUUCUCCUUCUUCCAAGAGGAGACGCCAGCGAUCAAGGAGACAGAGUAUCGGGUGGAGGCCAUCAAAGAGCCGCGGGUGUCGUGGCAACUCGAAUCUGGUUUCCAUGACAGCAGCGACGACGAUGAGGAUGAGGACGAGGCUGCUGCUGCUGGGGUUGAUGAUGAAGAAAAGGUCCAACAGAGCAGCUGUGAUCCCGCAGAGGAGAGCGUGAUGUCUUGUAACAGGGAAUUAUUCUUCUACUACCCUGAGGACAGCAGACUGACAGACGGUCCUCUGUCCUUCUGCCGCUCAACUCUCCUGAAGGAAAACGACUGGGAGGAGAAAAGAAACGCACUCAUACAGGACUGUCGCAAUACCCACAAGAAAGCCCGCAGGAAAUGCACCAAGAAGCGCUGAGGAUUAUGGGUAACCAUGUGGUGGCUGUCGGGCUGAAAGGAACAGCGGUCAUCUCUCCAUCAGCUUCCUGUUUCUUUGCGCCUGCUUCCUUUGAUACUUCCGUUCAUCCCCGGAACACGAUUGGCCGGUCUUUCUCUCAACCGUUAACCCCUGGAAUCCUAGAGCAGUACUUCCUGCAUAACAGGAAGUACAUCAGCAGGUAGUGUGAGGCCACUUCCUGUACUGACUAGACAUUAAUUUCAGUGUGGUUUUAUUUUAUAGUAUUAUACAAGAGUCAGUUAAGAGCCGACAUCUUGUCUUCUCUCCGGCAUUAUUUUCUUAAUGUAAUUUCAAAAGCAAUGCCUCGGGUACUGUCUUUCAUUCACAGAACUAUGAGUACAGUCAGAAACACUUAGGUUUAAGUUGGUCAGAACUAUGAAUACAGUCAGAGACACUUUUGGUUUCAAUCGAUCAGAACUAUGAGUACAGUCAGAAACACUUUGGUUUCAAUCGGUCAGAACAAUGGGUACAGUCAGAAACACUUUGUUUACAUCAGUUUCAGUCUUUCAUUACCAGAACUGUACAGUCAGAGUAUAGCAGGGCAUCAGCGGCCAUCUUGUGUAUAUAUUUGAUGGUUGAUGUGUAUAUACAUGCAGCAGGAUGGCCAAUUAUGAAGUAUGAAAUAUUAACAGAGGGCAUCGAUAAGAACAGCUGAUAGCCCUGUGUGCUGCUAGUGGAACAGCUUGCUUCUUAUUUAAGCAGUUGAAACAGGAAACAUGGAUUAGGUUAGGGACAAGAACAGCUUUGUAUUAAAUAAAGUCAUUAAAAAUAAACUGUUUUAUUUGUUUUGUUUCUCAUCUUUCUUGGAUGUCAGGAGAAAACCAUGGGAAUGGAUUAAACCAUAGGUAACGCGGAUAAAUUCUCGAAACUGAAGAUGCGUUUCUUCCUCUCGCCUCAAGGUGGCGGUGUUGAGCCAUUGAGAUGGUCCUUCCCUGAUUAAACCUUAAAAAUACAAAUUUGAUAAAUCGCAAUUACAUUUUAUUUUAUCCCGACAGAACAAAAGCAUCGUUUUAUAAAUAAUGUAUUGCUCGGCAAACUAUAAACAGGAUUAUAAUCCCCAUUAUGAUAACGGAACGA